AUGGCCUUCGCCGCCCGGGAGAGCGCGGGCUCGGGGCGCCGGCGGCCGCCGCGGCACCGGGCGCUGCGCGGGCUGCUGCUGCUCUGCCUGUGGCUGCCGAGCGGCCGCACGGCCGGGCCGCCGCCGGCGCCGCUGUCCGAGCUGCACGCGCAGCUGUCGGGCGUGGAGCAGCUGCUGGAGGAGUUCCGCCGGCAGCUGCAGCGGGAGCGGCCGCAGGAGGAGCUGGAGCUGGAGCUGCGCGCCGGCGGCCCCCAGGAGGGCUGCCCGGGCCCGGGCGGCGGUGGCUACAGCGCCAUGCCGGAAGCCAUCAUCCGCACCAAGGACUCCAUCGCGGCGGGCGCCAGCUUCCUGAGGGCGCCGGCGGCCGUGCGGGACUGGCGGCAGUGCGUGGCGGCCUGCUGCUCCGAGCCGCGCUGCUCGGUGGCGGUGGUGGAGCUGCCCCGGCGGCCCGCCGCCCCCGCCGCCGAGCUCGGCUGCUACCUCUUCAACUGCACGGCGCGCGGCCGCAGCGUCUGCAAGUUCGCGCUGCACCGCGGCUACAGCAGCUACAGCCUCAACCGCGCCCGGGACGGCGGGUGGGGCGGCCUGGACGCCGGCGCCCCUGCCCCGGCCACCGCCCGGGCCUCGCUCCGGCCGGAAAAGGAUGAGCCCCCACUUAGCAAGGCUGGGCAGGAUGUAGUUUUGCAUCUGCCCACAGACGGGGUGAUCUUGGACGGCCGCGAGAGCACAGACGACCACGCCAUCAUCCAGUAUGAGUGGACACUGCUGCAGGGCGACUCCUCAGUGGACAUGAAGGUGCCUCAAUCGGGAACCCUGAAGCUGUCCCACCUGCAGGAAGGAACGUACACCUUCCAGCUGACCGUGACCGAUACUGCUGGGCAGAGAAGCUCCGACAGCGUGUCGGUGAUGGUGCUUCCCACGGCCUACCCCACGGGAGGAUGCCUGCAUGUUUGCUCACGCUACCACUUCUUCUGCGACAAUGGCUGCUGCAUCGACAUCACGCUGGCUUGCGAUGGAGUGCAGCAGUGUCCUGAUGGGUCUGAUGAAGCUUUCUGUCAAAAUUUGGGCCUUGACCGCAAGGUGGUGACCCACACGGUGGCUAGUCCUGCCCAGCCAAGAACCACAGGACUCAGUGAAGAUGCAGGGAGAGACUCCUUGUUGGAAAAGUCCCAGAAAGCCACUGCCCCCAACCAGCCACCUCCAUUAUCAAACACAGAAAAGAAGAAUCAUUCCACCUUUUGGGGACCAGAGAGUCAAAUCAUUCCUGUGAUGCCAGAUAGUAGUUCCUCAGGGAAGAACAGAAAAGAGGAAAAUUAUAUUUUUGAGUCCAAGAGUGAUCGAGGACGAGGGGAACACCCAGCCCCAGAAACAGGUGCAGUGUUACCCCUGGCACUGGGUUUGGCUAUCACUGCUUUGCUGCUUCUCAUGGUUGCUUGCCGACUACGACUGGUGAAACAGAAACUUAAAAAAGCUCGUCCCAUUACAUCUGAGGAAUCUGACUACCUCAUAAAUGGGAUGUAUCUAUAAUAAAUGUAAUUUAAGUAGCUUGGGGCAAGGACAUGUUUUACGUAUAACCUAUACAUAUAUUAGGUUCUGGAUA